CACUACGCUUAUUUUGACAGCGAGCGGUGUUUAUUACAUUCUUGAACUUGACCGUAGGUGCACGUUGGCUGAAGUUUCUACAGUUCUAUGUUUUUUUUUUUUGUUUAUCAUUAUUAUUAAUUAAUUAAUUUUAUACCUUCCUUGUUGAAUUUGUGAUCAACCCUGCUUGAAGACGCGUAUACACUUCCAUCUAAAAAUUUUCCGAAUAUUAAAGAUAUACACUGCUCGAACAAUGGCAUACAUGAUGGACGCGGAAAUAGAAAAAGCAACUGAGCAAGGAGCAGAAGAUCAAGGCGAUGACGAUGUGUCUCGUCUCGUGGACCAAUGUACAGCGCUUAGAAUUAACGAAGUUGAAAUUAGUGACGUCAUAUCCCUUCACUGCAUUUUGGAAGGUAAAUCCGUCAAUGCACACAAACGCAUGCUCGCGCAGUGCAGUCCAGUGUUCGCCACUCUGUUCAACGCCGAGAUGAAUAAGAGUAUCGUCGCCAUUACCGAUGUAAGAUACGAAGUUCUCGUGGAAAUGAUCCGUUUCAUUUACGCUAGAAAGGUCAGAUAUGACGAUGCCCUACUCGUCGAACUUGCGACAGCAGCUCACACCUACGGAGUGAAUGGACUGAAGAUUAUGUGCGAAGAGAGGUUGAUUAAGAUUUUGAACGUCGACAAUGUCAUCGGUUGCGCUCAACUCGCCGAUCGACUGCGCAUGGUUAAAUUAAAGAAGAAGUCGAUCGAAUUUAUCGUUAAAAAUGCGCGCGAUGUCGGUACCAAACCGGAGUGUGAAUUAUUGCCUCGCGAAGUUCUAAUCGAAGUACUUCGUUCUUUGGUAAACCAAGAAUAACGUUAUUUUACUGGAAAGUUAUAUAGCUUAGACAACGCGUGAUCGCUUAUCACAUCGCGCUGAUAGACUCCGAAUGAUUGCACGAUGUCUUUUUAAACCAGAGAUGAACUCCUUGCCUAAACAAAUUUUAAUUGAAUUGAUUGUGCCUUUGUGCAUUCGGAAGACCUAUAACCUAUCGUUGACCCAGAGUAUAAAAGUCUGCUAGAACGUCGUUUCGAUGAAAUUUUAGAAAGCAAACUAUACAAUAAUAGUAUAUUUGUUGCUGAGGCAAAUUCACAUAAGUUUGUGCACGUUUAUUAGUAAAACGUAUAACUUCUGGUUGUUUUGUGUUUAUUUUUACUUAUAAAUUUAACGUAGCUAAAUGCAAAUUCGUUUUAAACAAAUAACUUAUUUAAAUACUAUUGCUGCCCGUCCUAUAUAAUACAGCCGAAUAACCGAUAUAACCAUCUACUUCCAUAUUUACAUCAAGCGCUAUGUUAAUAACACACUGGGCUGAAAUCGAAUAAUACACACAUGUAAGAGUAGUCGGUAAUCCAAACAUUUGUAAUAUUUGUUAUUCUACACAUAAUUCAUGCUUGUAUAGUUAUAGUUAGCCUAAUACCUUAUUUUCACGAUCGCAACCUACCAACUUGCCGUUAUUUUUUCAAGCCACACCAAUUCGCAAUGCAUGUGUAUAAGUGUAUAAGCAAAUAAAACACAAUGUUUUUCCAAA